UUUAUGCAGUUCUUUUGCUUCAAAUCUCAACACUAGUUCCUAUGCAUGGGAAAGCGUCUUUGUAAUUUUUAUUUCGAUCAGUGGCCUGCUACUAUUCAUAUAUUUGAUUGGACAUUUGCAGACAUUUAUGCAGGCAAUUAGCAAAACAUCUAAGAUAUUGCAGCGGAAAUCAGUCAUAUUUCCACAAAUAGAGUUCAUAGUAUCUGAAUAUGGUCUCCGUCGCGAAAUCCGAGAUGAAAUUUGGGAAUUAGUAAGAGAAGCACUUGAAGAGGACGAAGAUAAUCCUGCGGAGAAUAUCUUCUCGUUACUUCCCUUGGAACUUCAGAAACAUAUGAAGCGGCCCCUCUUCUUGGCUACACUACGGAAAGUGCCAGGGCUUGAAAACAAAGACAGACGAGUGUUGGAUGCAAUCAUGAGGCAUCUUAAGCCAGUUAACUAUGCUGAUGGUAGCUAUAUUAUUCGAGAGGGGGAGCCACUGGAUAGGAUGCUUUUCAUCACGCAGGGCAGUGUACUUACCUACAAGACUAGUGGUAUCGGCGGAGGAAGUGGCUCGUCAAGCAUUAUACGUCUUGCAAAACGUGACUUUUUAUGGAAAAGAACUUACAGGUUGGGCGGCGACAUCUACCUCUUUCGCCGACUUACCCAUCUCAACCAAAACUGUAAAGUCCCACGCUAAACUUGAAGCCUUUGUUCUCGUGGCCGAUGAUUUACGGCUUGCUGUCACGUGGCCGAUGAUUUGCUAGGUCUAUUAGUUAUCUGUAACUAAUAACCAGAAUUUUAAUUCAAAAUAACUACAGAUUUGUGAGGAAAAUAUGUUUACACUAUGAAUAAUGUUAAAAGACUAAAUUUA